AUGGAGUCUGACAGUGCUUUCCAUGCAACUCCCCUGAUCACGUCAACACCCCCAAAGAUCGGUGACUACCCGUCAAAGAAUGACUCAACGUUCAUGCAAAAUCAAAUCUCUAUACAACGGAGUCCUUCAACUGUUAAAGAGCAAGCCUCUGCCCUCUCUCGGAAACUAUCCAUCAAAUCGAAUGACAGUCACGGCAGCAAUGACGCAAACCAAGGCCACCCGGGCAUCACAAAUGUUCUCUCAUCCAUUCCUCAGGCUGAUGAGCAGAUGGACCGUGGACGUGCUCGUGGUGACUCAACUUCCGGCAUUGUCGAGGCUGCGGAAAACUGUACUCUGUCAAAGUCAAACUCCGAUCGAUCUGGCAAAUCUAUCAGUGGUAAGUCUGUACGCUCCAUCCAUGCGGUUGGCACCUGUCCGCUGGGCACUCUUCGCGUCCAUUCUCCCUCGCCAACUCGAGCUCCAUCCGGUGAAACCUAUGAGUGUUUGAAGUCAGGUGAUGUUGUCAUUGUUAGAGACAUUCCUGCAGGAUCUCUCUUUGGCUAUGAUUCGCGGUGCCUGGAAAUUAGUCUGAAGGAGCAGUUUGAGGGUAUCAAGAAUAUUCCGCCAGGAGCACACUUCAUCUGGGGUGGUUCGGGCAUAUCCUCGCUUCGCAGUGGCUUCUGGCUUAUGUCUUCGAAGAAGGCUUCCGACCAAUUUGGUGAAAUCAUUGUGAAGAGAUGGGACAGAUACGGCGAGGUUCUAGAGGAGGAGAUUAGUGCUGCCGAGAUUCGCAUUCAACGAAAGGGCCUUCCCGAGUUCGAGAAUAGACUCCUAUCUUACGACCUGUCCUCUUCUCGUGGCUCGGAAAGUCAAACCACUGCUCACGCUACAGCCACAGGUGAAUGGCAACAACUGACUUCCUGCAUGAAAGGAGCUCUUCUUACUAAAAUCACCGGUCAUGAGUGGAACCACUGGCAAGUCUCUUCUACGCAUGAUAUCAAGUCUGUAGAUCUAUCCGCUGGUAGAGAUGAGGUCCUUGGUUUUAUCUUUCCAAAGGCCGACCGAACCUUCUCAAUGGCUUCUAGAGGUCGGGACCGCACCGAGCAAGCAAUGGAUACAAGCUCCCAUAUCAAGGCGAUUAUCUCAGGUAGCUGCACGUAUGAAGAUUCUGACGAGAUCAUUGGAGAAAUUCAAUUCUGUUAUCUCACAGGCAUGCUUAUCGGAAAUGCGGCAUGCAUGGAACACUGGGCCCACGUUGUCAAGAUCAUGUUCAAGGCAUAUCGUCUCGUGUUGGAGCUUCCCGUCUUCUACUGCAAGUUCAUUCAAGCAGUCCACGCUGAAUUGAUGUUCGAUGAGGCAACAAUGAGUGGUGGCAGCAUCCUCGACUAUGAGCCGGAUCUCCGCAACGAGUUCAAGAUGCUUUUGAUCACUUUCAAAUCGCGUCUGAAUGAGCAACUGCUAGCUCAAGGUUCUGACCUAUCAGAUCAACAAAGUGCUGUGGGCAAAACUUUCGAGGCAUUGGAGUCAUGGCUUUGGAGAUGGGGCUGGGAUCUCCGAGGAAACUACGUUCGUUCCGGCAAAAUCCAACUUGAGGACGGCGAGAUGGUUGAAGCUGAACUCAAGGACUUCGAGGCUGAGGACGAGAGAGGUGAGUUUGCGCCAGCCGUGGUCACGCUGGAUUCAGAGGGAAGAGAAGAAGGUCUCAUAAAGUUUUAG